AUGGAACAAGUAGAAGGUGAUAUCUGCCCAAAAUGCAAUCAAAUUUUUAACUAGAUAGAUCUCCUUAAAUUGAUUCUACCGUGUGGUGACAGCAUGUGCCUAGACUGUCUUUAUAAGCAACUUCAAGACGUUUAGAAUAAAGUCUAUUGCCCGGUCGACAAUGAGGAGUUGGAGGUGAGCCAGCGUUACAGAGAAAAAAUCAUAAACCUGAAACUUUCAAAAUAAAAAGAGAUUGUACAGCUUAAAUGCUCCAAACAUCCAUUGAUUCCUGCUAAUUACUACUGCAAUAAGGAAAGAGUGAUGGGAUGCCAUGUUUGCGUACAUGAUUCGCAUCUGAAACAUAUUAAACUAGUGGAGCCAUUUGUAAAUGAUGACAUAUAUCAAUUCAACAAUAGAUGUCUGAUCAGACUCUAAGAACAGAAAUCAAAAUGUUAAGAGGCAAUAAAUCAGGUUUUGGAAUUGAAACUUAAAAAGAAGAAUAUCUCUUCAGCAACUUUCGUUAAGACUUAUUUAGAAGUAGUUGAGUUACUAGAACCUCAUAUAAGGAAAGACGAGCAAUACGAAUUAGGUAUAGUUUAUAAAACUCCUAAUUUGUUUGAUUUUGAUGAUGAAACAAUGGAUGCAUUUGAUAUUAAGAAUUAGGAUGAAGAUAUCAUAAAGGACUGGAUCGGUAAUGCUGCAACUAUUAAGUUUAAACUUUUAUACAGAGCUCACAGAGAUGGCUUUAGCAGUUAAGAUUUUCAUAGAGUUUGCGAUGGAAAGGGUCCAUUGCUGUUUCUGAUUAAAAGUAAAAAGCAUAACCAAGUAUUUGGAAGUUACACUAGCGAAAAGAUGUCAGGAGGUUACUCAUACAAGAGAGAUGACAAAGCUUUUGUGUUUAGUUUAACUAAUAGAACUAAACACCCUCUCUAUUAGAAUUUCGACAAUUCAUUGUAUUUCAAUGCCUCAGAGCAUAUACAUUUUGGAGAAGAUUUGAUAAUAAGGGAUAAUCCAAAUAACAAUGUACAGAGCACUUCAAACAUCGGCUAUGCAUACUAGCCUCCCAGAGACAUCUUUCAUGAUUCAGAUAAAGCAAAGGAGUAUCUAGCAGGAGCGUAAAAUUUUAGAGUAUAAGAAAUGGAAGCAUUUGAAGUGAUUAAAGUUGAGCAGGAAUAGUAAUAGGAAAACCAAUGA